AUGGGAGGGGACGCAUCAAGGACAAAAUUCUCGAAGCACGAAAAACGCCUCGAACAAACAGUGCUUGAACUGGAAUUGAUCAAAAGGAAAAAGAAAACCAUUUAUGAUGAUUCGGCCAAACUUUUAGAUCCAAGUCAAAAUAUUCAAGACGAAGUACAUAAUGAUUUAUUGAAGACUUCACAAGCCGAACAUGCAGAUCCAUUGCCUAACGAACAACAAUCGAGAAGCCUGGCUGAUACCAAUCAGAAUGAUUUUCAAUACGAUGAAGUGGCAAAAAAUAUACACGAUGCUCAAAGUGAAAUAUUACAGAAAUCCCACAUGUUUGGUGAUCCUCCAAGGUUUGCAAGCAUGGACGACUACAGGAAGUUCCAGAAUAUGAACAAGCAGGCCAAUCUAAAUCUGGUAUCAAAGAUGGUAGCCGAUAAACAACGUCUCCUUGAGUCAAAAGGACAAAAGACCAGCAUCAAUGACAGUGGCCUAAGUGAACUGGUGCAGGAUGAAGGCAAGGAGAGGCCUUGGAUUGAAGUUAUCGAAACAACAGAUCCGCACCCGAAAACAACCACCGAGACGUCGCCGCCGUCUUUAUCGUUACACAAGAGAGCUGCUAAAGUUACUACGAAGGCGCCUUUGGCAAAGAGUACGAAAUCAGCUUCACACGCUUCCACUUCUUCUACAAGAGAGCUUUUAUCAAAUGAGACAACUGCAAAACCCACCCCUGACCCGUUUACAGCGUUUGUGGGAGGUCCCUGCCAUGCUCUCCUGUAUACGUGCAAUACAUAUCCAAAAGAUACAAGAGUUAUGGAGAAGUGCACUUCGGUGGUUUUGAAUGAUCCAAACCCUAAAAAAAAGCCUCGUCCAAAGGUCGACCUGGCGAAAGUUCGCCGUCUGAAUCGUCUGAAGGCCUUAAUCAACGAACGGUACGGAAAGGAGCGCAUAUCGACAUAUCCUCCGAACAUGGACGACGUCAGGAGAAUUUUGGCAAUGUCUGCCACACAGCAGACCAAGACAACAUCGGACGACGAGGACAUUCUCAAGGAUAUCGAACAGGAGGAGGCUACGACGGCGUUUGACCAAUUUUCAAACAACGACGACAACCAACAGGGCGACGAGGAAGCUCCGACGACACAACCUGCCGAGCCUAAGGCCGAUGAAAAGGAUAUUUUAAGUUUUGUAGCAGAUAUUCCGGAGGUCACAACUGUCAAGACGGAGGAUGGUGAAGAUGCUCUGGAGAAGAAAACUGAGGAUGGUGAAGAUGCUCUGGAGAAGAAAACUGAGGAUGGUGAAGAUGCUCCGGAGAAGAAAACUGAGGAUGGUGAAGAUGCUCUGGAGAAGAAAACUGAGGAUGGUGAAGAUGCCCUGGAGAAGAAAACUGAGGAUGGAAAGGAAGUUCAGGUGACGGAACCUAGCACGGAAACGUCCAACACAACAAUUAAGGAAGACAAGGCGGAGUUGAAAGAAAAGCCUAACGAAGGAAGUCCGACUGGUGGUAAGCACAAAACCAUCGAAAUACUACAAGCCAAGAAUAGGAAUCGCAAGAUAAAACGUCAUAGAAAUCGUAAGAGGUUGGUUAGAUCCAUAUUAAACAUAUGUAAUUUAUCCAUUCAUUGUUUGAUCAUUACCGGUUAUUAA